CAAACUCAGAAGAUGAAUCUCUUCCAAUCCAUAACAAGUGCCUUGGAUAAUACUUUAGCCAAAGAUCCGACUGCAGUAAUAUUUGGUGAAGAUGUGGCCUUUGGUGGAGUCUUCAGGUGUACAGUUGGCUUGCGAGACAAAUAUGGUAAAGAUAGAGUUUUCAACACCCCCUUGUGUGAACAAGGAAUUGUUGGCUUUGGUAUUGGAGUUGCUGUCACAGGUGCUACAGCCAUUGCAGAAAUUCAGUUUGCAGAUUACAUUUUUCCAGCAUUUGAUCAGAUUGUUAACGAAGCAGCAAAAUAUCGUUACCGCUCUGGAGAUCUGUUUGAUUGUGGAAACCUCACCAUCAGAGCCCCCUGGGGCUGUGUGGGUCAUGGUGCACUGUAUCAUUCUCAAAGUCCAGAAGCUUUUUUUGCUCACUGUCCAGGAAUAAAGAUUGUAAUUCCAAGGAGUCCUCUUCAGGCCAAAGGACUGCUGCUGUCUUGCAUAGAGGACAAAAAUCCAUGCAUAUUCUUUGAACCUAAAAUACUUUACAGAGCUGCAGUGGAACAAGUCCCUGUGGAGCCCUACAACAUUCCACUGUCUCAAGCUGAGGUGCUGCAGACAGGCAGUGAUGUGACACUGGUUGCGUGGGGCACUCAGGUACAUGUGAUCAAAGAGGUGGCAGCAAUGGCUCAAGAAAAGCUUGGUGUGUCCUGUGAAGUUAUUGAUCUGAGGACUAUCUUACCCUGGGAUACAGAGACUGUUUGUAAGUCAGUGGCGAAGACUGGGCGAUUGCUGAUCAGCCACGAGGCUCCCUUGACAGGAGGAUUUGCGUCUGAAAUCAGUUCCACAGUUCAGGAGGAAUGCUUUUUGAAUUUAGAAGCUCCUAUUUCAAGAGUAUGUGGCUAUGACACUCCUUUCCCUCACAUCUUUGAGCCUUUCUACAUCCCAGACAAAUGGAAAUGCUAUGAUGCUCUUCGAAAAAUGAUUAAUUACUGAGCAGUAGUACAGAGAUGAGAAGAACGACAGGGAAAUACAGAAGCUGCCUUCAAAACUCUUGAUACUUUACUCAAAUCUUUUGCGUUUGGAAUUCACAUAGCAGACUGUUUUCUCUGAACUCAGCUAUCCUUAAUAUUCAUCUUGGCUAUUCUUCAGAAAGUUCAAAUCAUCCUUAAUUAUGAAAUCCGUGAUGGGCAGGUGAUUGCUAUAAUAAGUAGUUUCAGAUGUAUUUAAAGAUAUUCCAGAUGUCGUAUGAAUGUUACACAUCGCCAUGCUUCACUAGGUUACAUCUCUAAACUUCACUGUGUAAAUAUUAGAAGCAGGAUUUUAUUCAAUAAAACAUAUUAU